AAUUUUUCCUAAAAAUUUUUCGAGUUUUCAAAAAAACGUCUGUUUUAGCAUUUUCAAAUUUUCUUGGGGUGAUGUGCCACACAGGUAAAAUUAAGGUAAAAAAUGCAUGAAUAUCGACAUCAAUCGACUUAAAUGUUAAAUUUGGGCUUCUUAAAUACAAAUUAAUCGAAUAAUGAAAGGAAAAAUGCAAAAAACUUUAUUUUUUAUCAUCUGAAUCGCAGUUGUCACAAGUAAAAUAGUUGCGACCUUGCAUGUCGACACAUUUCAAAUGAUAAGGAAUAUCGCAAGUGUUACAGUAAAUUGAAUUGUUGCGAUUCUUUUUUUUUUCAUAUACACAUGUUCAAUCGUAAAAUAACUAGCGAAAAAUAAGUGUUGCACAUCACCCCAAACACGCUAUUUUGCGCGGACUGGCGUGACACCAACACAACGUAAGAAAAUCACAAAAUCGCUGUGGAUUAUCAAAAGUACUUAAAAAACUAACAAUAUAAAAAUAUUUACCUAUAAAAUGACCUAAAACCAAUUCAUGAAAUCACUAUGAAUGUGAAAAGCGAAAAUUACAUUGAGCUCGAGAAAUUUAACUCGCUUUUCGUACAGCAAAACAGGGUGCGUGCCAUCUCGCGAGUUAUUUAUCCAAAACAAGGUACUAUUGACACAAAUAGAUAGCAGUAUGCGGUUCUGUCAAAUAGGGUUCCUAUAAGGGAGUUGGGCAGAUACCGUUGCCCGAUUGUGAUUGGCUCCGCCAUUUUCUAGGCAACUUCCGGUAGUUCCGGCAACGCCGGCACAUGGCAAUCUUGGCACAGCUAUCAUCGAUGAUCGACGCAAUAACGUGAUAUAUAUAAGUGCUGUGUUAUUCACAUACAAAGAAAACUGUUUAUAUUGAAGGUAAAUAUUGUGUAAUAUAUAAUUAAAGUGAAAGUGAUGGAAUGCCCUGUAUAUAAAAUAUCUUGUGAUUAAUGUGAAAAAUAGAAAAUGCCGCAUUAUUGUGUAGCUUUUGGAUGCUACAAUUCAUCCAAAAAAGGCGCAGUAAUGCAUAUCUUUUCACGAGAUUUGCAACGUAAAGAAAAAUGGAUAGAAAAUGUUGGUGGACUUUCAGGAUUCAAAUACUGCAGAAUUCCAAACGAAAAUUCAUUUUUAUGUGAGUUUCAUUUCACGGUUGACAUGUAUGAGAAGGAACGUGUUGAUGGCCGGAAAAAAUUGAAAUCAUCUGCUGUUCCAACGAUUUUUGGAGAACUUGUCAUUCAACAAAAUAAAAAAAAUGUUGCAGCGUUUAUACCUGAUACUACAUCAGCUACAGAAAUCGUAGUAGCUUCUGAAUUGACAGCUCAGGGGGAUGAAGGAUAUGUUCCCAAUAUCGAAGCUGCUGCAGAAAUUGAGAUAUCUAAUCUGGUUCAGAGAAAGAAAAAAUUUCUCUCCGAUACUAAACCCACUAAAGAAAUUGAGAUAUCUAAUCCGGUUGAGAGAGAGGAAGAAUUUCUCUCCGAUACUGAACCCACUAAAGAAAUUGAGAUAUCUAAUCCGGUUCAGAGAGAGGAAGAAUUUCUCUCCGAUAUUGAACCUACUAAAGAAAUUGUGGUAUCUCAUCCAGUUCAAGUUCAAGGAGACGAAGAUUUUGUAUCGGAAUCUGCUUCAGAAAUAUCUCACCAUCUAGUCUCAGCUCCUGUGUGCUUGCAAGAUUCUGAUGUUUGUCGCAAUAAAGAUUUUGUAAUUCGGAAUUCCUUGAAUACUACAAACAACAAGCUCAUAGAUUUGGACAACUGUUUGAAAGAAGUGAACGAAGGAGAAGUAUUAUGAAGAAAAAGCAUAAGCAAGCACAAAUUCUAUUCAAGAAGAAACUGAAGAAACUAGAAGAGGAAGUACGUAUUAAUAAUCUAUACCCUAAAAUACUUCAAAAUUUGUUAAAUAGCGAUAAAAUUAAUUUACUAUGCCGCAAAUAUAAGAAAAUACCGAAAUGGAGCGAUAAGACGUUAGUGAAGGCAUAUCAAUUAAAAUUUGCUAUUAAAUUAACU